GUCAUCUCACCGCGCCGCUGUCAGGGCUCUACACUUGCUGGCUGCCAUGGCUGAGGUGGGCCGUACCGGGAUCAGCGACCCAGGCGCGCUUCUCCCACGGGGCUUCUGGGCUGCGGUCGAAGUGUGGCUGGAGAGGCCGCAGGUGGCCAACAAACGGCUUUGCGGCGCCCGCCUGGAGGCCCGCUGGAGCGCCACCCUGCCCUACGCCGAGGCCCGCGGCCCCGGGACUAGCGCAGGCUCGGAGCAGAAGGAGCGGGGUCUGGGACACGGCCAGGGUUCCCCCGGAGGGGGCCCGGGUCCCAGGCCGCUAUUAGGACCCGAGCAGUGCACGGCAUGUUGCGAACUUGAGGAGGCCCAGGGCCAGUGCCAGCAAGAGGAGGCACAGAGGGAAGCCGCCUCAUUGCCCCUGAGGGACUCCGGGCACCCCGGCCAUGCUGAAGGAAAGGAGGGCGACUUCCCCGCCGCAGAUCUGGAUUCGCUCUGGGAGGAUUUCUCCCGAAGUCUCGCCAGUGGCAAUUCGGAGAUGCUGGCCUUCCUCACCUGCUCCGGGGCGGGAUCGCAGCCAGAGGCGCAGCGUGAGCUCGACGUGGUUCUCAGAACCGUCAUCCCGAAAACUAGCCCACAUUGCCCCCUUACAACUCCCAGGAGGGAAAUAGUCGUGCAAGAUGUCCUCAAUGGAACCGUAACGUUUUUGCCUUUGGAAGAAGAUGAUGAGGGGAACUUAAAGGUUAAGAUGAGCAAUGUGUAUCAAAUUCAGCUCAGUCAUAGCAAAGAAGAAUGGUUCAUAUCUGUUUUAAUUUUCUGUCCAGAAAGAUGGCAUUCAGAUGGAAUCGUGUAUCCCAAACCCACGUGGCUUGGAGAAGAGUUGCUGGCCAAGUUGGCCAAGUGGUCUGUAGAGAAUAAGAAGAGUGACUUUAAAAGCACCCUUUCCCUCAUCUCCAUUAUGAAGUAUAGCAAGGCUUACCAGGAACUUAAAGAGAAGUAUAAGGAAAUGGUUAAGGUGUGGCCUGAAGUCACUGAUCCUGAGAAGUUUGUGUAUGAAGAUGUGGCUAUCGCAGCAUACCUGCUGAUUCUAUGGGAAGAAGAAAGGGCUGAGAGGGGACUAACUGCCAGGCAGUCCUUUGUGGACCUGGGAUGUGGAAAUGGCCUCCUGGUCCACAUCCUGAGCAGUGAGGGGCAUCCAGGCAGAGGGAUUGAUGUCCGAAGAAGAAAAAUCUGGGACAUGUAUGGACCACAAACUCAGUUAGAGGAAGAUGCAGUCACACCCAAUGAUAAGACCCUUUUCCCUGAUGUUGAUUGGUUAAUCGGUAACCAUUCUGAUGAACUCACACCAUGGAUACCUGUCAUUGCAGCCAGGUCUUCCUACAAUUGCCGCUUCUUUGUCCUCCCCUGCUGCUUCUUUGACUUCGUUGGAAGAUACUCCCGGAGGCAGAGUAAGAAGACUCAGUACCGGGAAUACCUUGACUUCAUUAAAGAAGUGGGCUUCACCUGUGGGUUUCACGUGGACGAAGACUGCCUCAGGAUUCCUUCAACCAAAAGAGUCUGUCUCAUUGGGAAAUCCAGAACAUACCCUUCCUCCAGAGAAGCUUCCGUGGAUGAAAAGAGGACUCAGUACAUUAAGAGCAGGCGGGGCUGCCCUGUAAGCCCACCUGGCCGGGAGCUUUCCCCUUCUCCACCCUGGGUUGCUGCUGGCAGUGCUGGUCACUGUGACGGUCAGCAAGCUCUGGACACCAGGGUCGGGUGUGUAGCCAGGGCCUGGGCUGCUGAGCAUGGAGCAGGGUCCCAGGCUGAAGGACCCUGGCUACCUGGAUUUCAUCCUAGAGAAAAGGCUGAGCGCGUAAGAAACUGUGCCGCCCUGCCGCGAGAUUUUAUUGACCAAGUAGUUUUGCAAGUGGCGAAUUUAUUGUUAGGUGGAAAGCAAUUAAACACAAGAAGUUCUCAAAAUGGGAGUUUGAAGACCUGGAACGGGGGAGAGAGCCUGUCUCUGGCAGAAGUAGCCAAUGAGCUGGACACGGAGACCCUGCGGAGGCUGAAGCGGGAGUGUGGGGGCCUGCAGACGCUGCUCCGGAACAGCCACCAGGUGUUCCGAGUUGUGAAUGGGAGAGUUCACAUCCGUGACUGGCGAGAGGAGGCGCUGUGGAAGACAAAGCAACCGGAAGCGAAACAGAGACUGCCUUCCGAAGCCUGCAAAACCCGCCUCUGCUGGUUCUUCAUGCAUCACCCUGAUGGCUGUGCUCUGUCCACGGACUGCUGCCCGUUUGCCCAUGGGCCUGCGGAGCUGCGGCCACCCCGGACCACCCCGAGGAAGAAGAUUCCGUGAGCUGCGUCCUUGCCAGCUGAGGCCUGGUCGGGGAGACCAAACCAAGGAGAGCUUCCCCGGCAGUCCUCAGUGCUGCGGUCUCUGCUCUGGCUGUGUUUCAGCCCACCUCCUCCCAGCUUUCUCCAGAUCCUCACAGUGAUGAACCGUAUUUCAUAAACAUCACAUGCCAGAGAAGCCACAGUUACUGGGAAGCCCCCAGCUGGGUGCCUGGCUCGUUUCAGAUGCAGCCACUUGAAAUGUGCACAGCAUCUUCAUAUCAUAAAGAUUGUGCAUGGAUCCUUACAGUGUCUCCUGGGGGAGAGCGGCUGAGGCUGCCUCUCACAGGCCCUUCCCAGGGCGCUGUCCGACGCCAUGUCCACAUCUGUGAAGAGGAUGGGGCUUCUCAAGAAGUAAGACCGUAUCUGCCAGCGUUUCUCACCACACUGGAGAGCAGCUGCUCUGGAGCAGGGAUCCGCCAGAUUGGUAUUUUUAAAAAAGGCGUAAGGCUUGCUAUGUUGAGGUUGUUUUUAGAGUUACACAGAAUAAAAACACUCAUAAUUUCCUCA